AUGUCGGCUGAACCAGACCACACCAAGCCAAAGGUGGAUUUGUCAAAGCAAGUCAUCACCCAGAAAACACGUGGCCCCGCUGCUGGCUCUCAUACUGACCCGCCACAGCACGACGAGACUGCAACCGCCAUUCUCAAGAAGAAGAAGAAGCCAAACUCGCUCAUUGUCACCGACGCCGUCAAUGAUGACAACUCGAUCAUCGCCCUCUCCAACAACACCAUGGAGACGCUCCAGCUCUUCCGUGGCGACACGGUGCUUGUCAAGGGCAAGAAGCGCAAGGACACUGUUCUCAUUGUGCUCGCCGACGACGACCUAGAUGACGGCUCUGCACGGAUAAACCGCGUGGUUCGCCACAACUUGCGAGUCAAGCACGGCGAUGUCAUCACCAUCCACCCGUGCCCAGACAUCAAAUACGCCAAGCGUAUCGCGGUUCUCCCCAUUGCCGACACGGUCGAGGGCAUCACGGGCUCAUUAUUCGACGUCUUCCUCGCCCCAUACUUCCGCGAGGCCUACCGACCCGUCCGCCAGGGCGACACAUUCACAGCUCGCGGCGGUAUGCGACAAGUCGAGUUCAAGGUCGUAGAGGUGGACCCACCAGAGUUUGGCAUUGUCGCACAAGAUACUGUCAUCCACUGCGAAGGCGAGCCGAUCCAGCGCGAGGAUGAAGAGGGCAACCUCAACGAGGUCGGAUACGAUGACAUUGGUGGCUGCCGCAAGCAAAUGGCACAAAUUCGUGAGCUCGUCGAGCUGCCCCUGCGGCAUCCUCAGCUCUUCAAGUCGAUUGGUAUCAAACCCCCGCGUGGUAUUCUCAUGUACGGGCCUCCUGGUACCGGUAAGACACUGAUGGCGCGUGCUGUUGCCAACGAGACGGGUGCCUUCUUCUUCCUGAUCAACGGUCCCGAGAUCAUGUCAAAGAUGGCUGGUGAGUCGGAAUCCAACCUGCGCAAGGCUUUUGAGGAGGCAGAGAAGAACUCCCCCGCCAUCAUCUUCAUCGAUGAGAUCGACUCGAUCGCGCCCAAGCGUGACAAGACCAACGGCGAGGUCGAGCGUCGUGUCGUCUCACAAUUGCUCACCCUCAUGGACGGAAUGAAGGCUCGUUCCAAUGUUGUCGUCAUGGCCGCCACCAACCGACCCAACUCGAUCGACCCUGCCCUUCGUCGUUUCGGACGUUUCGAUCGCGAGGUCGACAUUGGUAUUCCUGACCCUACUGGCCGUCUCGAGAUUAUGCAGAUCCACACCAAGAACAUGAAGCUUGCCGACGACGUUGACCUACAGACCAUUGCAGCCGAGACUCACGGUUAUGUUGGUUCGGAUUUGGCAUCGCUCUGUUCAGAGGCUGCCAUGCAGCAGAUUCGUGAGAAGAUGGAUCUCAUUGAUUUGGAUGAGGACACGAUCGACGCCGAGGUGCUCGACUCGCUCGGUGUUACCAUGGAGAACUUCCGCUUCGCUCUCGGUGUCUCCAACCCAUCUGCUCUCCGCGAAGUCGCCGUUGUCGAGGUUCCCAACGUCCGAUGGGAGGACAUUGGUGGUCUUGAGGAUGUCAAGCGCGAGCUCAUCGAGUCCGUCCAGUACCCCGUCGACCACCCCGACAAGUUCCUCAAGUUUGGCAUGUCUCCUUCGCGCGGUGUGCUCUUCUACGGUCCUCCUGGUACGGGUAAGACGCUUCUUGCCAAGGCUGUUGCCAACGAGUGCGCGGCCAACUUCAUCUCCAUCAAGGGUCCCGAGCUGCUUUCCAUGUGGUUUGGUGAGUCUGAGAGCAACAUUCGUGACAUUUUCGACAAGGCGCGUGCAGCUGCACCCUGUGUCGUCUUCCUGGACGAGUUGGAUUCGAUUGCCAAGUCUCGUGGUGGAUCCCAGGGCGAUGCCGGUGGUGCUUCGGAUCGUGUCGUCAACCAGCUUCUUACCGAGAUGGACGGUAUGACAUCGAAGAAGAAUGUCUUCGUCAUUGGCGCCACCAACCGUCCCGAGCAGCUCGACAACGCGCUCUGCCGUCCUGGACGUCUUGACACGCUCGUCUACGUUCCCCUGCCCGACCAGGCCUCGCGUGCCAGCAUCUUGAAGGCUCAGCUCCGCAAGACUCCUGUCGCGGACGAUGUCAACAUCGACUUCAUCGCCGCCAACACGCACGGCUUCUCUGGUGCCGAUCUGGGUUUCGUUACACAGCGCGCUGUGAAGCUCGCCAUCAAGCAGUCCAUCUCAAUAGAUAUUGAGCGCCGCAAGGCCCGCGAGGCUGCCGGCGAGGAUGUGGACAUGGAGGACGAUGCCGAGGACCCGGUGCCCGUACUGACCAAGGCCCACUUUGAAGAGGCUAUGCGCUCCGCUCGUCGUUCCGUCACCGAUGUCGAGAUUCGCCGGUACGAGGCGUUUGCCCAGUCGAUGAAGAACUCUGGCGGCGGCUCCAGCUUCUUCCGCUUCCCCGACGCUGAGCAGGCUGCUGCUGGCGAGGGCAAUGCGUUUGGUGCGGCGGCCGAGGAUGAGGACCUGUACAACUAG